CGGACUGGCAGUGGGACCGUGCCACUGGGCGCAUCGAGCUCAGGCGCAUCGACCAAGGCUGCUGGAGAGAAGGCAGCGGCACUGAUAGCAGCCUGGCGUUGGCGCUGACGCAAAUCGGCGAUCUGUUCUGUCAAGUACCGUUGCUGUAUGAGCACAGCUACUCGUUCGCACCUCUGAUGCAUAUGGAGGCGUGCAUCCGGCAGGCGCUGGUCCUGUGUGCCACGCGCGAGUCGCAUCUGGCCGACCCUGAGAACGCGCUGCAGGCACUACUGCGGACCAACAGUCUGCGCUACGGCUCCGAGAACAGGCUUUCGCAGACCACCUGUGACGUGGUGUCUGGGGUGCAGAAUGUGCCGCUGCGGGCUACAAUCAACGAAUGGCUGGAGCGCGGGUGGAGCAGCUCGUUUACGCAGCUGGGGGUCGGGGACCAGCUUAGCGCGUCGUCAGAGAUAAGCCAUCUAUUCCACAGCAUCGGAUACUCGCGCAAGUCGUGUUCUUUUUACGGCAGUUCCUGCUGCUGGCAGUGCCAGUAUUGCUGCGCAGCAGCAGCUCAGCAGCGCAGAAAGCCGCUGGCCGGGAUCGUCACAGCGGGUCGAUGUCAGGAACGCCAGUAAGGGGCAGUAUGGCUGGGCGGCAUGAGCAGGGCGCUUCCAGUGCGUUUGCUGACGGGUCGACUGCAUUCGCUGCCGUGGCAGCAGCAGCAGCGGCUGCGGUUACAUCGACUGUUGUGCGACCCUCGUUUUCACCGUCCCCAUCG